UUAUCUACCCGUGGUGAUAGCGGCACCCACCAGCAGUCACUGCCAUACAUGGCGCUGGGCAGCUGCCUCGAAAGGAGGAGGGACUGGAGCCGGGUUGGGUGAGAACGGCUGCGCUGAGCGAUGAAGGACUUUACCUCUCUUUAAUUAUGCAUACUAUGCCCAAGAAUUACUUAUUACAACAGUACAGACGCCAGAAUGCGUGCUUGGUCGCACACACGCGUUCCGUUUUGCGCGUUUGGCACGCGCAACGCCCCACAAUGCUCGCUAAUACUGUCAUCUACUUCAGUACUUGAACUCAGAAGCCGUUUGGUGCGCCCACACCAGACGUACGUUGCUGAAGCCCUGCCAGCUGCAGCUGCGCCACCACUGGUGGCUCCUGUCGGUCUUUGCGGGCUGGUCGGGGUCCGCAGCCCAAAACUGCUACAGGCAUACUGGAAGGAAGCGGCUCGGCCACAGCUUGAUGCGCUCUCUUCGGAAUGUGGCGGCGCCUGCCCGCCACGCGGCUGCCUGCCAUGCGGACGAGGACUGGCGCGAGGCAGGCGCAGCGGUCGCGGAUGCGUGCGCCAAGUAUGAAGCCUUCAUCUUCCAGACAGCGGAUAGAGAGUUGUUGUCAAAGCUGGAGCUGACGGAGCAGCGGCUGGCGGUGCGGCUGAGGCAACAGGACGCGCAGCAGGUGGAGCAGCCGCAGGCGCGCAGCGCAGGCGUCCACUCGGCCGCAGUGCUAAACCGGCAGCUGCGGCUUUGUCGGCUGCUGCGCCGGUCGUUCCUGCGCGGCGGGGCAGGCCUGCUGGGCGACGGUGACGGCGGUGGCUCGGAAGAGGACCUGGGACACCUGUAUGCCGUUAGAACGGCGCCCAGCGGCGCACAGGAGCGGCUGACACGGCUGCUGGCAGCGGAGCGGGAGGCGGUGGCGGCAGUGGCGACGGCGGUGGCACUGGGACCCGGGCGUCUGGCCGUACCUCUGCGGGUGCUGUCCGCUGCACUCUCCACAGGCACUUCCGAUGUGAAUAGUUGCGCAGCUAGCUCACAUGACAGAAAUUGCAGCAGUGGCAGCAGUGGCGCGGGCAGUGCGGUCGGCGCAAAGCCCGCGGGCACCGCUAUCAGCAGCAGCGCUGACACCUCCGCCGCCGCCACCCUCAGUCCGGAGCUGAUGGCCCCGAUAGAGUGCGACCCGCUGCUGGGGCCCAUGCUAGCCGCCGCCAAAGCCGCCGGCGUGCCCGUGGAGGCAACGGGGCUGCCGCUCACGCCCGCCAACCUUCGUAACCUGCUGCGCCGCCAUCCUGCCUCUGCCGUACGGCGCGCGGCGUACGAGCACGGGCUGGUGCCGCGAGUGGAGGCGGCGGUGGGGGCGCUUGGGCGCGUGGCGGAGGUGCGGGGCCAGGUGGCCGCGCUGAUGGGCUUCAGCAGCUUUGUUGACUACAGCUACAGCCGUGGGGGUAUGGCAGUAGCAGGCGCGGACGCCGUGGCGGAGCUGCUGCAGGAGCUGGUAUUUGCGCUUUUGCCGGUGGCGCGUGAGGAGAUUGAACAGCUGAAAUGCGCGGUGGGCGCGGCAGCAGGGGCGGCACCAGAAGCAACGGCUGCUUCCGCUGCAGGCACAGCGGGCAGCCAAGCUGGCAGUGCCGCGAGCAAACUUGACGCCGCAAGCGGCGGCGCAGCCGCCGGCACGGGGCUGCACCCGAAUGCGCUCGAGCCGUGGGAUGUGGAGUAUGCACAGGCCGAGUGGGUGCGACAGAGGCCCUCGCCGUUGCCAGACGCGGCCCAGCUGGCGCCGUACAUGCAGCUGCGGGGAGUGCUGGCCGGGCUCAGUGACCUGCUGCACGAGUUGAUGGGCGUGCAGCUGCGGCUGGAGGCGGUGGGGGAGGUGGAGGCGGCGGGGGAGGGUGCGGAGGAGGGCAACAGAACGGAGGUUGGGGCAGGGGCUGGGACAGCGCAGCGUGGGCAGUCCAGCAGCAGCGGCAGCGGCGGCCCAGGCCACGACCUGUGGGGCCCGCAGGUGCUGCGGCUCAGCAUCUGGGCCACGGCCUGGCAGCGCGAUGCAACGGCAGGUCCGCAACGGCCGGUGACUUCCCCCAACGGCGAGCCAGCAGAGCAGCACGAUCGCCAGGCGGGCACGGCUGGCAGCAGGGCCCGCGGCGGUUGCAUUAAUAAAAGGGGCCGUGGGACCGCGGAGGGUGUUCAGAUGCGGGGAGUGAUGUAUUUGGACUUGGGGUCAGGGUAUGGCACGCGGCAGCUGCGGUUUCCGGCGGGUGGGGUGGACGCGGGCAGCAGGGCUGACGGGGCUGCGGCCGAUGCAGGAGCGCUUCUGGGUCAGCAAGAGGCGCGCGGCGGCGGCAUGGGGGCAUUGCCGGCGGUGGCAGUCGGCCUCAAGUGGGAGUGGCGCGACGGUGUUGCAGAAUCGCCGGCUGCUCUGCACGAGCUGUUGCAUGAAGUUGGACACGCGCUGCACCUGACCCUAUCCUCAUCGGCCGCAGCCGCUCAGCCUUUCCUGUCCGCUGACGCCUCGGCCACAGCCACAUCCGCAAACUCUGGCCUUGGCACCAGCACAGCUGCCUCCGGCGCGGAAGGGGUUAUGCAUUUCGGCGGUCUGCAGCUGCCCCUGGACGUGCUCGAGGUGCCAUCCUCGCUGCUGCAAACCCUGGCGUACGAUCCGGCGGCGCUGGCUCGCAUCUGCCGCCGCGUGGGCAGUAGCGGAGGGGCUGUGCGAUGUGCCGCUGGGCCGAGUGAGAGCGGGAUACCCGAAGCCGGGCUGGGGCAGGCAGCGGAGCUUGCGGAGGCAGGAGUAGGGGCAAGGAUAGGAUCUCGAGAGCCGCUGGGAGACCCGAUGCCGCGGCAUUUGGCUGAGGCUGUGGCGGCUCACCUGGCAGCGGAGAAUUGCAGCGGCAUCGGUACCCUGGGGAAGGUGCUGGCGAGCCUAUUCGACCAACUGCUGCACUCGGGUGUGCUUGAGGAGAAGGGCGGUGGGCGCGGCGGCGCUGCAGCCGCAGGCGUGGCGCUGGGGCUGUGGCGUGCGGUGCGGCGCGCAUUCGGCGCCAUGCCCACGUGUGACGCCACCUUGCGCGAGCUAGCAGCGCUGCCGGCUCUGGCGCACCACCAAGCCACAUUUCAUUCGUACUUGGUUGGGCUUCUCGUCGCCAGCACGGCCCGCGGCGCGCUGCCCUUGCAAGCUGUCAACACUUCCAGGGACAAAACUGUCGGGAGCACUGGCAGCAGCAGUGACACCAGCACUGCCUGGGACAUGCUGCGCCGUGAGAUCUUCGAGGCAGGCGCAGACCGGGAUGUGAGCGAGCUCGUCGAGGGGUGGCUCAGAAUGGGUGCUCCCAGCAGCACCGCCCGGUGCGAUACGGGCGGUGAAGCUGCGGCCGGUUUGGGAGUAAGUGAAGGGGAGCGAGGUCUGCCGCGGGACGUGCUGACCUUGACAACCCUGGCGAGAGUUGGUGGGACGCUGGUGGCCAUAGAGGGCUGAUGCACGAAAUGUGGUUAGGCUGCGCAGCACGCGUCUUUUCCCGCCGGCCCUGCCACGGUGCUGCCGACAAGUGUGCGACCGCGCUCAGCCCGCCCCCAUCUCGAAGUCCGUAGCAACGUAUAGCUGCGUUGGUAAGUCCGCAACACGAAUGCGACGUGCGCGUGCUAAAGUGUUGCUGGGUGAUUUAAGGCCUGCAGCUAACGGUCUGGAGUUGUCUAGAGCUGUCGAGUGCUGUCUAGAGCUGUCUAGAGAUGGGCGCCCGCACUACUAGUGCGAGUUCACUGGCUCGUGAGCUGCGUCAGCAUGUCCCGCGUGUAACCUUGUAGCGCUGGAUUCCGUGGUGGCGGCAGCGGUGCAGGGCCCGCAGCAACGGCGUAGGCCCAGUGGCGGGCAGCGCGGGGCCCAGUCAGUACCGGUAUGCAUCUGCGAGCGGGGCAAGCCGGCAGGUCACGCGGAAGACAGCGCGGUGCCGGCCGUGUCGCCCCAAAAGCGGCGCUGGCGUGCGUGUCUGCUUAGGGACUGACGGGUCAGCGAAUUGGCAGGCAGCGGCUUAAAUGUGACUGUGAUGGCUGUGUGGUGCUUCUGUCUGCUGCUGUGGGUUUCCGCAAGGUGUGACUGGCUACGGUUGGCCGCAUGCCGCUGGACUGAGCAUAUACCUGGCUGGCGGAGUGGCGGUGGCCUGUAAAACUCAGUUGAC